AGACUUGUAAUAAAAAUAAUUUUUUAUCCAGUUGUUUAGAAUAUUUAUCAAAAAAAAAAAAAAAAAAAAAAACGACUCAAUGGAAAGAAAUACUUCUCUCUGACAAGAUUUGGAGGUUUAUGAACAAUUAAGAAAAAAGGUUUCUCGAAUAAAGGAUAAAUCAGAAAAGCAUAAAAAAUAAAUCACACGUUGAUUUCUUUAAUUAUUGUAUAAAAAAUUAAUUAAAAAUUUUUGUUGUAUAUUCUUUGAAUCAAAAAUGAAUAUAAUUGGAAUUGGAAAUGUUAUCGCAAUAAUGUUUGCAUUAACAUUGCAAAUAGUAAUGUCAACGAGAAUAACAGCAAGCGAGCGGGCUGAAGAAUUUGAUGAGUUAUGCAAUAAACAAUCCGAAGCAAUAAACAACAAUAUUGCUGAUUUUUUUAAAUAUGAGGCUUGGAAUUAUGUAAAAAAAUAUCUUCUCUCUAGUGAUAAUAUAAAUCUAUUUUUAAAAGAGGUAAACGAAACUGGAUAUCCACAUAAAAGUUUUAUAAACAGAAGACUAAAAAAUCCUCUCAAUUUUAGGAUUUUGCGAUAUUUUACUGAUUUGGAAUCAAGUUCUUUAACAUUGUCCAAUGCAAAUGAAAUAGUCAAUGGUUUCAAAAGAAUUUUUAACUAUCAAUCCCAAAUUUCAACAGCGAAAUUAUAUCAAAAAUAUAUGGAAAGAAAUCUCAAGGAAGUUGUUUCAUUUGAAAAUUAUUAUGCUCUCAUGGCUUUUCUAGAAGAUAAAUCGCUGAUUUCAAAGGAUUCUCCCGCAAUGUGGAAAAUAAUUAAUGCUAUUUACAGUUUAACCAUUAGACAGUACAAGUCUGUUUUAAAAACAUUUCCAAAUGAUAAUCCUAUAUUUAAUUGUUACUUAUCUCAAAUAAUGAAUACAGGUGGAAUUGCGACACUGAAACAUGGUAUGAUUUUUGAUAAUUCAAAUUUUUUAUUUUGCAAUAAGGAAUUAGAGAAUAUAGUUCAACAUCAAACUGGGAUUGAACGUUCUCGAUCUAAAGUUUAUUUUAAUUUGACAUUUUGGGAAUAUCAUCAAGUUGUGAAUAUUAGAGAAAUUACAAAUAAUCAUCAAGAUUUAUAUAUAAUUUUUCCUGACACAAAAAUGAUGGUCUCUGGUCCACCAUACAUCACUAGAUAUAAUGGAAUACAUAUUACAAUAGUGCCAAUUUUCAUGCAAGAAGAAAAUAAAGAAAACCAAUUAGUUAAAAUAGCAAAUGCAAUUGAAUAUUUUAAAAUAAAAGAGGUGGAUUAUUUAAAAAGGCAUCAAUAAAUUUUAAUCAAAAGAAUUCAGAAGUUUCAUCAUUCAAGGGAAUAGUUGAAUCACAAAAGAAAAAUUUUAACAAUAAAUAUGAGAAAUAAUGUAAACUUUAAGAAUACAUUAAUUUUUAGUAUGUUCCCAAAGCAAUAAACGUUCAAAUGAAAGAAAAUUUUUUUAUAUUUCUUCGAAAAAUUAAAAUUUUUGGGUCAAGUAUUUAAA